UUAUCCGCGUCGGUUCCCGGGGGGGAGCAGCAGCAGAAACCGAGGAAGAGGAGCAGAGCUUUGUGCCUGGCCAGGAUGAAGUCCCGCAGCGGCUCCGGCGGCCAGCAGCAGCGUCCGCCCGCCGCCAACAACAACAACAACGUGGUUCAUGAUCCACUGCCACAUCGGGAAGGAGAUCAAACACAUCUGCAGCAACUGCCGGGGAGCCGAGCAGCUGGACGCUGAGGAAGUGGAGAGGUUGGCAGCGAUGCGCUCUGAUUCGCUGGUUCCAGGCACGCACACGCCUCCCAUUCGGCGGCGGAGCAAGUUCGCCACCCUGGGACGUCUGUUUAAACCCUGGAAGUGGAGGAAGAAGAAGAGUGAAAAGUUCAAGCAAACCUCUGCCGUGCUGGAGAGGAAAAUGUCCACUCGCCAGAGCAGAGAAGAGCUCAUCAAGAAGGGAGUGCUGAAGGAGGUUUAUGAGAAAGACGGCGCCUCCCCGGCUUUACGAGAGGAGGUGAAGAUGGAGAACGGGCGCUCUCCGGUGCUCGGCUCUGGCCUGUCGGACUCUGAAGGUACUGAGCUGAUGGAAGGUGCAGCUGCAGCUGUAGGCUCUCUGGAGUUUCAAAUGCCUAGUGAGGGCGCGUGUCAGCAGGACCACGCCCAGAAGUCCAGCCAGGCUCCGCCCACAAAGAAGUCCAGUGUGUAUCCGGGUGAAAGUGCUGAAUCUACGCUCUCCAGACCUCCUCCACUACACAAACAACCUCCUGCACUACCACCUAAACCCUUCAACAGGCUACCUAAUCACAUUACAGACGGUGCCCCGGUGAAGUUGCCGUGUAUGUCGGUGAAGUUAUCUCCUCCUCUACCUCCAAAAAAGCUCAUGAUCUCCAUACCUGCAGGGAGCAUGGAGCCCUCUUCACUCGCCUUCCAGAAGUGCCCCGCACCUUCCAGCCAUGCUCCAAUGGGCGGGCACUCCCUGCAGUACGGGGCGCUGCCCGUUUCCCUCCACCCCCCCAGCAGAAUCAUAGAGGAGCUCAACAAGACGCUGGCCCUCACCAUGCAGCGGUUCGAGAGCUCCAUGAUGCACGCUGUUCCCACGGUGAUGAUCGAGUGUGACGACGACAAAGAGAACCUCCCCAACGAGGCGGACUACGAGGACCUGCCCGGUAUGUACAAGGACGAGGACGACGAGGAGGAAGAGGAGGAGGAAGAAGACGACGAUGAGGAGGAGGAGGAGGACGACGAUGAUGAGGAAGAUGAAGAUGAUACAUUGUUUACAAGCACACUGGCCAUGAAGGUUUUACGAAAGGACUCUCUGGCCAUCAAGCUGAGUAACCGUCCAUCGAAGAGGGAGCUGGAGGAGAAGAACAUCCUGCCGCUGCAGUCGGACCAAGAGCGACUCGAGUCCCGACAACAAACAGCCACCAAACUGACCAGACGGCUGAGUCAGCGGCCGACAGUGGAGGAGCUGGAACAGAGGAACAUACUCAAACCUCGAAACGAUCUGGAGGAGCAGGAGGAGAAGAGGGAGAUCAAGAGACAUUUGUCCAGAAAGCUCAGCCAGAGGCCCACAGUCGAGGAGCUGAGGGAGGCGAAGAUCCUCAUCCGCUUCAGCGACUACGUGGAGGUCGCCGAGGCUCAGGACUACGACAGGAGAGCAGAUAAGCCGUGGACCCGGCUAACAGCUGCUGAUAAGGCUGCCAUCAGGAAGGAGCUGAACGAGUUUAAAAGCACAGAGAUGGAGGUGCAUGAGUCGAGCCGCCAUUUUACCAGGUUCCAUCGGCCGUAAAGUGGUCGAGCCAGACCUUCGGCCAUGCUUUCACACUCCCACACCGAGCCUCAAGUGUUCAGACCGCUACCUGCUGCCCUCGUACUGCUACCUGCUCCCCUUGCCAGCGUCGACUUCACACUGACAGACUGGACACAACCCGUGUGCUGCGGCCAGCACAGGAAACGGGAGCAAACGCUUCUACAAGUACAGAUGGCUUCAACUCUCCACUGGCGGCUCCCGUCAGUGCAGACUUUACAGACCUCUUGAUAUUCAAAAGCUUUUAUUUGUCCUUUUUUUUUAAUGAGGAAGAGGUGGCGAUUUGUUUACUUUGCUUUUGGGAGUCAAACACAAUCUGUGCCGAUUUGGAGGAUGGGAACGGUAGGAGGUGAAGAUGGGACUUCAUUUUUCUGUUUUUUUACACAGGGAUUGUUUUCUUGCCUUUCACCGUGUUCUCAGCUGGACUUAAUCUUUCCUGGGGGGCGCGCUUGUGUUGGCACAAUGUUACUCCACAGACGACAACUCGAUGAUCGUUUAUCUCAUUUAGCCAGAGGAAUUAAAAUAUUUAUAACAGCUUAUGCUGUUGCAGGCAGCUGAAUCUUAAGCCAAAAUCUCCUAAAAUC